AUGUCUGCUUCUACUUUCUUUGUGAACUUCAACUCUAGGAGACUUCUCCUACACAACCCACUUUACCAACCACCAAACACAGCCUCCUCCCCAAUCUCCUCCACAAACCCACAUGACCCAACAGAUCAAUACCCUGGUGACAACAGCUUUGAUGCAAAUGUUGUUAUGGUCCUUUCAGUCCUCUUGUGUGCCCUAAUUUGCUCACUUGGCCUAAACUCCAUCAUCAAGUGUGCUUUGAGAUGCUCAAGCUUUGUAGAGUCCAGAAGCAGCAGCAGCAGCAACACCUCCGCUAGGUUAGCCAACACAGGAGUGAAGAAAAAAGCCCUAAAAACUUUCCCAACAGUGAGUUACUCAGCUGACCUAAAUCUGCCUGGGCUGGACACGGAGUGUGUGAUCUGUCUUUCGGAUUUUACAGCCGGUGAGCGUGUUCGGCUUCUUCCCAAGUGCAACCAUGGCUUCCAUGUCCGCUGCAUUGAUAAGUGGCUGAGCUCACACUCCUCUUGCCCUAAAUGCAGGCACAACUUGAUCGAGACAUGUCAAAAAAUUGUGGGUUUCACCCCAGCUAGCUCCUUAGUCCCACCAGUGCAAGAAACCAUUGUAAGCAUUGUGCCCCUCGAGCCUGAAGGUUUGGUACGCAAUUAUAGGGGAAUUAGCUAG